AUCAAUUAUACAUGACAAAUAAAACCAAGUUCAAAAGGAUGAUAUCUGAAUCAAGAUGAGUCUAAAUCAAAAACGACAGAGGAGACACUGACAGAUGGAAAUUUAGCCAGAUGCCUUUAAAUAGACUGAACAAAUUCUCAAUCACAGCUGUUUUUUAAGGGGGUCAACUGUUCACUUCAGGUUGGCGACAAAAUCCUCGCCCUUCUUGAUAGAGGCCUUCAGCUCACCGAUUGCGUCAGCAACCAGCUUCUCCUCAAAGGCGGACAACUUGCCGAGGCCAAGGUUCUUCUCGAUGCCGUUCUUCCCGAGAAGGAUAGGUGUGGAGAAGUACUUGCACUCUGUCUCCUCAGACCUGACAAAGGAACACUCCACCACUCCCUCUUUUCCAUUCAUGGCGUCCAGGACGGAGAAGGUGAAGCGGGCGCCAGCAUAGGCCAUCGAGAGGGUUGCAGAUCCAGCUCCAGCCUUGGCCUUGACCACCUCUGUGCCGGCCUCCUGGAUCCUUUCAGUCAGGGCGGAGAGCUGGUCAGCAGGGAACUCGACUUUAGGUGUGCACUGGGAAAUGAGGGGAAUGAUGGUCUUCCCAGCAUGGCCUCCAAUCACCGGCACAUUAACACGAGCAGGAUCCAGGCCCUUGAGCUCUGCAACAAAAGUGUUAGCUCUUACAAUGUCCAAGGUUGUGACACCAAACACUUUGUUUGGGUUGUACACUCCAUGCUUCUUCAUGAUCUCUGAUGUAAUCGGGAUGGUGGAGUUGACGGGAUUGGCGAUAAUGCAGAUCAGAGCCUCAGGGCAAGUGCGGGCGCAGGCAUCGGCCAAGGUGGCCACAAUGGUGGCGUUGGUGUUGAAAAGGUCAUCGCGGGUCAUGCCUGGUUUUCUGGGCACGCCGGCUGGAAUUACCACAACUUCGCAACCCUGCAGCGCAGCGUCGAGCUGGUCGGGGCCUAUGUGGCCGGUCACCUUGGCCCUCGUCUCGAUGUGGCUGAGGUCUGCAGCCACUCCGGGUGUAUGAGCGAUAUCAUACAGGGAGAGGUGGCUCACCAGCGGGCUAUUCUUGAGUAGCAGCGAUAGCGGCUGGCCUAUGCCGCCCGAAGCCCCGAGCACCGCCACCUUGGCGUUGUUCUGUGACGAGGUGGCCAAGCCCCGCACGAGGCUAACGGUAGGUCUCACAGCACGGGAAAACAUCUUCUUGAAUGUUGAUUCGGCAACUGAAAUGAGUGAAAAUUGAAAUGCCUUCGGAGCCCCUCUCUCCCGUGACACCAACGUCCUCUAGCCACGAGCAAACCGGAAGACUACCGAGUUGUCAUGCGUCGAAGAUAAUGGUCGCGCGAUUUUACGUCUGAUUUGCGUCAGUUCGUACGGCUGCGUCGUCGUCUUUGUCUCAGCUUCUUUUUCGUAGGAAAACAAAGCCAGUGAACAGCAGAAGUGGGCAAAUUAGAAUUGGACAUUAGUACCAUCAAAAGAAUUGUAACGAAAACCAGCUCAACACAGCGGUACGUGGCAAGUUUCAAGGUCGAACAGCUCUCCUGAUGAUACAUCAGCACUAAGCUCAUUCCAUACUUCCUCAUGAUGGCUAGUUGUGGAGAGGUAGACCACUCUGUUAGCUCACUCCCAUCCAGCAAGAAAGGCAGCAACAGUGGUGGUGGAAGUGGGAACAGUGCAGAAUCAUCAUGCUCUGGCUCCAGCAACUCAUCCCCAGCCCUAUCAGUUCCUGAGUGUGCCAUCUGUCUGCAGAGCUGCGUCCACCCAGUCCAACUGCCAUGCCAUCACGUCUUCUGUUUCCUGUGUGUAAAAGGAGCAUCUUGGCAGAGCAAACGAUGCGCUCUCUGCAGACAAGAAGUACCUGAUGACUUCCUGGAAAGGCCUACACUUCUCUCUCCAGAGGAGCUGAAAGCAUCAGCAGGAGGACGAGGUGGGGCAGCGAGUGAUCACGCUUGGUAUUAUGAGGGGCGUAAUGGUUGGUGGCAGUAUGAUGAGCGAACCAGCCGUGAGCUGGAGGACGCUUUCUCCAAGGGUAAGAAGACAGCCGAAAUGCUCAUUGCUGGUUUUUUGUAUGUAGCUGACCUGGAGAACAUGGUGCAGUAUAGGCGCAAUGAGCACGGUCGCAGACGUAAGAUGAAAAGAGACGUUUUAGACAUUCCCAAGAAGGGAGUGGCAGGACUGCGAUUGGACACUGAGGGUGUUAGUGGGGCCGUGGGGGCUACAAGUAGAGAGAACUCUGCUGAUGGGGCUGAUACCACACUAACAAAUAUACAGCAACAGGUUACAGGUAUCUCUUCUACUGUAUCAGCCCCUUCAGCUCCUGCCAGACCUCCCACUUCCCUCGGUGGUCAGCCAGGCCCCAGUACUAGCCCCCCUCUGGAGGAUGCUCUCUCCCAGCUGCAAAUCAGCCCCAGGCCCACACCUUCUCAUGAGCGGUCUGAGGCUGGGGAAGGAGAGGAAGAUGAGGAGGAGGAGGCCUCACCUUCCAGGUCCUCUGACCCUCACACCUCUGUAGAUGAGUCUGGCUCUGGAGAUUGGAGUGAUGAUGAGGACGAGGAGGAUGAAGAAGAGAACGGGGGAGAUGGAGAGCGUGUGGAGCCGUGGGAGGGUAGGCCAAGGAGACAAAGACUGAAUCCAGAGAACAGAGCCCCUCCUCAUUCAGAGUCUGCCUCCCUGUCUCCCUCAUCCAGUAGCAGUGGAAGGUCCAGAAUGCCUGAUGGCCAGUGUACAGUGACUGAAGUGUGAAGCGAUCAUUAAUAUAUUAUCACCAAAUGGCUGUGUUCCUCAUUAAUUUGUUCCUCGCUUUAUGCUGUCAUUCACUUGGUCACAGAUCAAAUGGGGGUGGAAUACUUUCUGCAGGAGAAAUGAUGCACUACGCAUCCAGUAAUAAACGGAACCACGUUUUCCUCUAUUUGUGUGCCCCAUUCUGGGAUCACAAUGAUCUGGAGGUAUCUGCGUGAUUCUAACAGUCUCAUCACAAAAAUACAGAGUCAGCAGAAGUUUGUUUUCAUGGUCUGGAACUGAGUGUUCUCAUUCUGAGAGAGAGAAGGUACAGCUUGGUAAAGAGUCAGAUGAAUACACAGCGUUUUCUGUUCAGCACAUCAUUUGAUGGAGGUGCAACAGACUUGGCUGUAGUCAGUCUGUGCACUACUGGCUGCAGGUGUAUAAAGUUUGCUUUCUUCAAAUUGCAGGCAAGUGGAAGUUAAAAGUGACUUCGGCCAAACCUACCUAUUGUUUACAUUUAUUAGCUAACACCCAGAGGGGGGGCAGAGUGUUAGCCCCAGUCAGAUUUGUGACUUCCAGUGAAAGAAGGCAUAAUGGGAUUUUGGAACUCAGCCAUUAUGAACGGCUCGGCUGCAUUCUGGUCAUCUGCACUUAACUCUCUCAGCUAACAUAGCACGCAGAAAUGAGCUCAUUAGAGUCAUCUGCCUACUCGUGCAGAGAAUUUAACCCUUAAUACCUUAUUCCUAGCCUCCACCUUACUUCAACAAUCUCCUUCACAUUUAACUAAUUAUGAAGCAUUUUCUUAAAGUUUUAAAUUCAACUGAACUUUUUCAAAGUGUGUUUCAUUUCAGAGCUAAUUGUGGUUUGAAAAGAAAGAAUUUAGUUUGUUCAUGAUGAAGAACGUAAACAUUUUCAACACGAUGCUCUUAAGCUGUAUGGGAUUGUAAAUUUGACACUUAAUGAUUAGCAACCUAGAAUAUCUGGAAACCUGAGGUUAUCAAGCUAUAUGCCAAGAUUUUGUGUUUGAUUUCGCCUGCAGUUUUAUGAAAACUAAGAUGUUUUAAUGAAUGUGUAGAAGUUUUCCCAGCUUUGAAGAAUUGGCAUUUUACUGUGGAGUAGCAGCAUUGUGCCUUUAAAGCUGCUGAUGCCUCUGAAGCUUCCAUGUUAGUGUCCCAGAUUAAAGUAUUCUCAAUAAAUGUGUAUUCUAAUCUGUGCGUGUUUGAAGAGAGAGUUACUUAAACACUACUGGUUGGCAGGAUGUGGAGAAUUGAUGUUUUCAGUUUGAGUAAAUGUUUUAAUUUUGUGUUUGUGCAUUUCUUAUGGUUGUAAACCCUCUUAUAUAUUAUGUCUGGGGGAGUAAGAGAACAAAUCUAUACCAUUGCUAUUGGUCAUCCUGCAGAAGUUUCAAGUUGCAUUGGUUUUCUAUUUCUUACAUGCCUCAGUCAUCGGCUCAGUUUUAAACUUUCCAUUUGGAAGAAUAAAUCAUUGUGUAACCUUUUUUUUUUGCUUAGUAACCUUUUUGUUUGUUUUAUGGUUCGUAAUUUAAGAAUAAAGUGUCAUUUCAACAUCCACAAGUUA